CCGACCGGCCCCGCCCUGCACUGCAGCUGCGCGGCGGCGGCCGUUGCGGGAGCGCGCUGCUGUAGGCGCUGAGCAGAGCUGUCUCCAACCGGCCUCCAGCCUUCCGCGCCUCCGUGCGGCCUCGGUCCCCGGUGCUCGCCAGCUGCCGCCGCCGCCGGACCUGAGUACCGCCUCUCCCCGCAUCUUCUAAGCCCCGGCUUCGCGCGACCCUACAUCCCCCGAGCCUGCCACCGGCCGGCCGGGGAGCGGCGGGAGGAGCUGCCACGCCCCGUGACCGCACCCGGCCGUCUCCAGCCCGGAGCCCACCGCCUCCCAUCAGCCUUGCUUCCCUCCCUCCUCCACGCGGUGACGCCGCGCACAGCUGCAGCCAGCCCCCGCCUGCUGGAACCAAAGAGGUCGACAUUCGAGUGGUAGGCGGAGUGACCCGAGGCUCCCCGGACACUGACUUUGGGAUCCGCAAGGGACCAGACAGGACUCUGGUGUCAUUUGGUAACUGUGGUUGCUUGAAGCUUGGUCGCCCCUUGGCCUACCCACGGGAGGGAGGCAUGUUGUAUUGUUCCAGGUCCUGUAGCACUGUGAGCCUCUCCACGCGGUGUUUGUAGAACUGGCACCCUUAAUAGUUGGGCGAAAUGGCUAUGACGCUACUGGAAGACUGGUGCAGGGGAAUGGACGUGAACUCUCAGAGAGCUCUGCUGGUCUGGGGGAUCCCUGUGAACUGUGAUGAGGCUGAAAUCGAAGAGACUCUCCAAGCUGCGAUGCCCCAGGUGUCCUAUCGAGUACUGGGGAGAAUGUUCUGGAGGGAAGAAAACGCGAAAGCGGCCUUGUUAGAGCUCACCGGGGCAGUGGAUUACUCCCUGAUCCCUAGAGAGAUGCCAGGCAAAGGAGGGCUCUGGAAAGUGAUGUUUAAGCCCCCCACUUCCGAUGCUGAGUUUUUGGAAAGGCUGCACCUCUUUCUAGCUAGGGAAGGGUGGACCGUGCAAGAUGUUGCUCGUGUGCUUGGGUUUCAGAACCCUGCUCCCGCUCCAGGCCCAGAAAUGCCAGCGGAGAUGCUCAACUAUAUUUUAGAUAAUGUUAUUCAACCGCUUGUUGAAUCCAUAUGGUAUAAGAAGCUGACGCUGUUCUCUGGGAAGGACAUUCCCGGGCCUGGCGAAGAGACCUUUGAUUCCUGGCUGGAGCACUCGAAUGAUGUCAUAGAAGAAUGGCAGGUAUCUGAUAUAGAAAAGAGACGGCGGCUGAUGGAGAGUUUGAGAGGCCCGGCUGCUGAUGUCAUCCGCAUCCUCAAGACCAACAACCCUGCCAUAACCACCGCAGAAUGCCUGAAGGCUCUUGAGCAGGUGUUUGGGAGCGUGGAGAGCUCUAGAGAUACGCAGGUCAGGUUUCUGAACACUUACCAGAACCCGGGAGAAAAGUUGUCUUCUUACGUCAUUCGUCUGGAGCCUCUGCUGCAAAAGGUAGUGGAAAAGGGGGCCAUUGAUAAAGAAAAUGUAAACCAGGCUCGCCUGGAGCAGGUCAUCGCCGGGGCCAACCACAGUGGGGCCAUCCGGAGGCAAUUGUGGCUGACCGGGGCUGCGGAAAGACCCGCACCCAACCUCUUCCAGUUGCUGGUGCAGAUUCGCGAGGAGGAAGCCAAAGAGGAGGAGGAGGAGGCCGAGGCCGCCCUCUUGCAGCUAGGCCUGGACGGGCACAUCUGAGUCCCUGGGUUGGGUUGGCUGCUUUUGUUAUCCCUGUGCGGUUUUACAAGCCUGCCUCUCAUAGUAAAGACCUAGCCUCCCGA